AUGGAGAGCUCUAAUACCAUGAUGAAUCUCGACGAUAAUAGAUUCAAAGAUAGUCACGGUGCGCGACAAUGUACUAAUGUCGCGGAGAAUAAACAGGCAAAGACCAAAGGCUCGAACGUUUUGGACAAAGAGGAGCGACGAAAAUGGACCGAAAUACAGCAUUGCCCAGAUAGGUUUUCCUUGCUGGACAACAUCAAUAAUUUCAGCGUUGCCGACAUAUGCCAGAAAAUAGCCGUCGCCUGCGGUGUACAGUCCUCACAGAUCGAAGACGCCUUUCCAUGUACGCCGCUUCAGGAGGGUCUACUAGCUCUGAGUGCGCAUCUACCAGGCUACUAUGUCGCACAAUACACAUUACAGCUGCGCCCAGACGUCGACGAUGUCGCUCUACAAGCCACUUGGAGACAUGUCUAUGCGACGACGCCCAUCUUGAGAACACGCAUAGUUGAUCUCGCCGGCGAGGGCUUGGUACAGACCAUUAUAGACGAGCCAUUCGAAUGGACGACAGCCGACGAUCUCGAUGGAUAUCUGCGCCAUGACAGUCAGCGGACCACAGGGACAGGGACUCCUCUAGCUCGAUUCGCGCUUAUUGGUGAUCACAAACGCAGGCAGCGCUUUUUCGUCUGGACAAUGCACCAUGCGCUUUACGAUUUCUCUUCAGUGCCACUGCUUGUAAAAAAGGUGAACGAUGUUCACUUAGGCAAACAACCGGCUGCUUCGGCUCCAUUCCAGAAUUUUGUGAAGUAUAUUAGAGAGAUGGACGUCUCUUCCGCAGAAAGGAUAUGGAAACAGCACCUGCAUGGUAACGAGGCACCAAUCUACCCUCCACUUCCGAACAUCAAAUAUCGUCCCAAGGCAGAUCAAACGGUGUCUUGCGUAAUCAAAGAACUCCCGUGGUCACGCGAAGCCAGCACCCAGACGAUGCCGAUGGUCUGGGCGGCAUGGGCCGUUCUCAUGGGCCAGCACGCAGCUACAGAUGAAGCAGUCUUUGGAAUAACUACAUUUGGACGACAGGCCAAUGUAGCUGGCAUCGAGAGCAUGACUGGCCCUACCAUGGCAACUAUACCAUUGAGGGUAGAGCUUGCCAAGAAAAUGACGGUCAAGGAAUUUGUAUGCGGACUACAACGGUCAGCAGCAGAGCUAGCCACAGUUGAGCAUUACGGGCUGCAAAGAAUCCGCAAGAUCAGCAUCGAUGCGGAGAGAGCUUGCGAGUUUCAGACUCUUGUCGACGUUAAUCUACAGGAAGAGUAUCUGAAUCCAAAAGAUGGACCAUUCGACCCAAGCUCUCUCGGGAAUGUCUCUGCCUCUGACAAUGCCCAAAACGGGCCACUCUUUAGCACUUUCGCAUUGAAGGUCCAAUUGAAAUUGCUAGCAUGCGGUCUGGACUGCAUGUUUACAUUUGACUCCCGCAUAGUCGGGCGCGAUGAAGCGAUCUCUCUCCAACGUCAGCUCGAGCAUGUUCUCCGGCAACUUUGCGAUCCGAGAAAUGCUGGUGUAAACCUAUCGGACAUCGAUUGGACAGGUCCGAGCGAUUUGGAGCGCGUUUGGACCUGGAAUGAGACAGUCCCUCAGAGGGCCAACGACUGCGUACAUGACUUGAUAUCACAAACAGGCCGCAGUCAGCCUGAUGCCCCAGCUAUCUGUGCUUGGGAUGGUAAGCUUACAUAUGGAGCGCUUGACCGAAUGUCUACCGACUUGGCCCACUACCUAGUCAGCCAGGGCGUUGAGAGAGGUACGAUAGUGCCAUUAUGCUUCGAAAAAUCCAUGUGGACAUCCAUUUCAAUUCAAGGAGUAAUGAAAGCAGGCGGCGCUUGUGUUACUAUGGACACCACCCAGCCAGAAGCCCACUUACAGCGCAUUGCUCGUCAGGUCUCAGGAAAAGUUCUUCUAUCGUCGGUUGCCAACAAAGCGAUGGCGGAACGACUGGCAGGCGACCACACGAAUGUGAUUAUACCCGAGGCUUUCUUUUCACGGCCCAUGAGUACACAGUCGAACACCUGUUUGCCUACUGUCGACCCAUCAGACAGGGUCUACAUAGUCUUUACGUCUGGAAGUACCGGGACACCAAAAGGUGCUAUGAUCACCCAUUCUAAUUUCAGUUCUGCCAUUCUCCACCAACGCGGACCUCUCGGCAUGCAACCCACGGAUAGAGUCUUUGACUAUGUGUCGUAUGCGUUCGAUGUUUCGUGGCUGAAUGCAUUACUCACAUUAGCUGUGGGAGCUUGUCUCUGUGUGCCGAGCGAAGAGGAGCGUCGUGGCGAUAUUGCGGCAUCAAUACGUCGCUACGGCGUGACAUAUGCCGAUCUUACUCCAUCUAUAACGCGUUUGAUUGAACCGAGUGAAGUGCCGUCGCUUAGACACCUUACCUUUGGUGGCGAAGAAGUCCUUGCUGAGGAUGCUAUCCGCUGGGGGAAUUUACAGGAGGCCGUCAACGCUUAUGGGCCUGCCGAGUGUACGCCCAAGAGUCACGCAUACGAUUACAUCUCAGAGGCAUCCAAGCUGGCAAAUGAAAUUGGUUGGGGAAUUGGGCUGAACUCCUGGGUGACGCAGCCCGAGAACCCCGACAAGCUGGCAAUCAUUGGUGCUUUGGGCGAAUUAUGGCUUGAAGGACCACUCGUGGGUGCUGGUUACCUUGGCGAGCCUGAGAAGACAGCGGCUGCCUACAUCGAGAAUCCCCCUUGGCUGUUGAGUGGUGGGCCAGGUCAUUCUGGCAGAACUGGGCGCCUGUACAAGACUGGUGACCUGGUUCGCUAUAAUCCAAACGGUUCAUUGAUAUACGUUAAGAGAAAGGACGCACAGGUGAAGGUGCGAGGGCAGCGUGUAGAACUUGCUGAAAUUGAACAUCACGUUCGGAAUGCGCUCGCUUUCCGGAAGGGUGACCUCAGUGUAGUUGCCGCACUGAUCUUACCAAAAGGUGGCGAUAACAAAAUUCUGACAGCAUUCGUCAGCACAUCCGUGACUGAUGACAACACUGGCAAGUCUGCACUUGGUGCUCGUGUAUCCCAAGCCACAGACACCCUGAAGGAGCGUGUUCCAUCCUACAUGAUCCCUGGAGCAUACGUGUUUCUACAACGUAUGCCCAUGAGUGCUACUGGUAAGACAGACCGGAAGAAGUUGCAAGCAAUUGGGUCUUCUAUGACACUGGAAGAGCUUACCUCGCUCGGCAACACUUACGAGGAAGGUGGACGGAGAGCGCCUACAACGGCGAUUGAGCUUCGUCUGCAAGCGGCUUGGGCAUGUACCCUCCAGACAAGCGCUGAGAAGCUGGGUCUAGACGACAAUUUCUUCAGGAUUGGUGGUGAUUCUAUUCUUGCUAUGCGGCUAGUCAGUGCUGCGAGGCGUGGGGGCCUGUCAAUCGAGGUUCCAGACAUCUUCCGAAAGCCCACUCUUGCUGGCCUUGCAACUCUAGCUACUGAGAUUCCGACAACAGCAUCAGAUCUGCCGGAACCUAUCUCUCCCUUCUCACUUUUGCGGCCAGGGAUAAGCUUCGCACACAUACGUAGCCAUGCCGCUGCUGCGUGUGGUGUUCCACCUGAUCUCAUACAAGAUGCUUUCCCGUGUACACCAUUGCAGGAAGGACUGAUGGCGCUGAGUACUCGCCGGAAAGGAGACUACGUUCCGCGAUUUGUGCUGCCCUUGAAGGAUUCAAUCGACAUCGAACGGUUUCGCAAUGCGUGGUCCCAAAUGGCAGUGGCCACUCCAAUUUUACGGACACGCAUUUUAGAUAUCGCGGAUCAAGGCCUCGUGCAAGUCGUGCUUGACGAGGAAGUAAUGUGGGAAACCAAAGAAUCCGAUCUGGAUGAAUAUCUCCAAAUGGAGCAGGCCAUCCGUGUCGGCCUUGGAACGCCGCUCGUGCGUUAUGAAUUGAUCAGAGAUCACAAGCUCCAGCGGACGUUCUUUGUUUGGACAAUACACCACUCAUUGUACGAUGGAUGGUCCAUGGAUCUAAUGAUUCGACGAGCACAGCAGCUUUAUCGAGGCCAAUCGCUGUCUCCAAUCACCCCGUUCCAAAACUUCGUCAAGCGAGUAAGCAUUGACAUGGUGCAAGCUUCUGCAGAACGGACGUGGAACGAGUACUUAAAUGAACUGGAUGCACCGCCCUUCCCCUCAAUAUCUUCGACAACCUCCCAACCUGAAAGUAACAGCAUGUUGACACAUACCAUCGCAAGAGUACAGUGGCCACGAACGGGGAUUACAGCUUCGAUAGCAGUACGUGCGGCCUUAUCUGUUGCAAUAAUGCAGUAUACAGGCCUUGAUGAGGCAUUAUUUGGAUCCAGCUCUAUGGGACGUCAGAUCAAUAUGUUGGGAAUUGAGGAAGUGGUUGGGCCGACGAUAGCGACGGUCCCAGUCCGCGUCACUUCGAAACAAGAAGAAACCAUAGCCGAAUUUUUGCAGCGAAUUCAGGAACAAGCAAUUCAAUUGACUGCCGUUGAACAGUUUGGCCUACAGCGGAUACGACUGCUUGGAGCUAACGCUGAACAAGCAUGCCAGUUCCAAACACUUCUUGUUGUACAACCAAAGAGUCAAAAUAACGGUGAAGAUGCACUAUUUGAGCUGUCUAGCAAAGAGGGAACAGUUGAGAAACCAGUCAACGAAGCUGCAACGUUCAGUACUUACGCACUGAUGAUAGAAUGCACACUGGCUGAGGAUGAGCUGCUUUGUCAUGUGUCGUAUGACUCUGAAAUAAUAUCAUCCGGCAAAGCCCAGAGGUUUUGCUAUACUUUCGAGCAAGCGAUUCGUCAACUGUGUAUGCCAGAGAAUAACGCAAAACGGCUUGCGGAUCUCGAUCUCUUAAGCCCUCAGGACUUGAAAUCCAUCUGGGAAUGGAACUCAAUUAUCCCUGAGAGCGAUUUAAGUUGCAUGCACGAGUUGAUCUCUCGUACGAUCUGUCGACAGCCCGAAGCCGCUGCUGUGUGUGCUUGGGACGGCGAACUGACGUAUAAGGAGCUCGAUUGCUUCUCUACGAGACUCGCCCACAAAUUGGUUGAUCGAGGCAUUGGAGGUCAGGGGGGAAACUUUGUACCUCUAUGUUUCGAAAAGUCGAAGUGGACGCCUGUAGCUAUCUUGGGUGUGAUGAAGGCCGGUGGAGCCUCUGUUACUUUGGAUUGUAAUUUGCCAGAACAGCGGUUGCAAUCCAUAGUCUCUCAGGCCUCCCCUCAGCUCAUCUUGGCCUCAGCAAGACAGAUAGAGCUUGCUGGUAGGCUUACAUCCGCACCAGUCAUGACUGUCGACGCAUCUCUCAUGGAGCCGCUUUCACCAUCGCUGGAGCUCAAUGCCCUACCUACAGUAAGGCCGUCAGAUGCGAUCUAUGUCGUUUUCACCUCCGGUAGUACAGGGACUCCAAAGGGGGCAGUGAUGACACACCGAGGCUUCAGCAGCGCUAUCCGGCACCAGUCACAAGCGCUACGCUAUUCAGCUACUUCGAGAACCUAUAACUUUGUCUCCCACAGUUUUGACGUCUUCUGGCAUGACGUACUUCGGACCUUCACGGCUGGAGGUUGUUUAUGUGUGCCAUCCGAGGAUGACCGUAUGAACGACUUAGCAGGUUCAUUCGAGAGGCUCCGAGCCAAUUCGAUUGCCAUUACCCCCUCAUCUGCUCGACUGAUUGACCCGGAACAUGUUCCAGGGUUGAAGCAUCUAAUCAUGGGCGGAGAACCAGUGACCGCUGCAGACGUAUCGAGGUGGAAAGGCCGAGUCGACAACAUCAUUAGCGUUUAUGGACCUGCAGAAUGUGUGCCGCCAAUCAUGAUAGCACCUUGUGAUCCGAAUUCUACCCUCGCACCUAGCCUUGGCCGUGGCGCAGGCGUGAACGUAUGGCUGGUUGAUCCUCGGGAUCACGACAAACUUUCAGCCGUAGGUGCGACAGGCGAGGCUCUGAUCGAAGGCCCUCUAGUUGGAGAAGGUUAUAUCGGCAACAAGGAGUUAUCCGAGAGGGCCUUCAUAGAUGCUCCGAGUUGGCUCGUACGAAAAGACACCGACCCGGAAAGCUGUCAACACCGCUUGUAUAAGACUGGUGAUCUCCUGAGAUACAACGAGGAUGGAACGCUGGAUUUUGUAGCACGGAAAGAUGCUCAAGUCAAGCUCAAUGGACAGCGCUUCGAACUCGCAGACGUCGAACAGAAUUUGUACCAUGUCAUUGGCGCACACAGUAAUGUACAGCUCGCAUCGGAGAUAAUAUCGCCUAAAAGCCAGGACAAAAAACUUCUCGUCGCUUUUGUGACUACUGCAAGCUUCUCUCGUGCUGUUGACGAUGCUCACACAAUGAAGGACCACAGGACCGCGUGGAUUGCGGCACUGGAGAAAAGACUGCCUAAGUACAUGAUACCCAGUGCAUUCAUUCCUCUAGAUGAGAUUCCCAAAACAGCGACAGGAAAGUUAGAUCGCCGACGACUGCGCGACUUGGGCGCCUCUAUGACCUUUGAAGAACUGAACUCCUACAGCUCUCCAGGCCGCGAGCGACAGCCGCCCACUACAGAGGUCGAGUGCCUACUACAGAAACUUUGGGCCUCUGUACUGACAAUUGAACCGAGCCGGAUUGGUGCGAAUGACAGCUUUCUACAAAUUGGUGGAGAUUCAAUCUCGGCGAUGCGACUUGUCACUACCGCGAAGGAACAGGGGCUGGCAUUGACAGUGGCUGAUAUAUUCACAAAACCAAUCUUGCAUGAGUUGGCUAGCUCGGCCAAGAGGGUGAUCCAAGGAGAUUUCACCCGCAAGAUCGAACCAUUCUCGCUACUCACUAUCGAGGAAGAUGUUACAGAGUUAUCUGAGCGUGCGGCUAUGUUAUGCGGUGUCACAGCCUCGCAAGUACAGGAUGUGUUCCCUUGUACACCGCUACAAGAAGCUCUACUAGCACAGACUGCAAAGCGUGCUGGUGAUUAUACUGCACGUUUCACCGUAGAGUUGCGUUCUUCCACUGAAGUGCCUCGUUUCAAGCGGGCCUGGGAAUCUGUUUACGACAGCAAUCCAACCUUAAGGACAAGGAUUAUUGAGCUUUCUGGCCAUGGCCUCGUACAAGUUGUUCUCAAAGAGUCCAUUCGUUGGAGCCAUAUUCGGACCUUAGACGAGAUUGAAAUGACUAAAGAAGGAAGAAGCAUUGGACUCGGUACUUCACUCACACAAAAUGAUCUCAUGGAAGACGAAGAGUCAGGCCGUAAGUAUUUUGUCUGGACCAUUCACCACGCACUUUACGACGGCUGGUCGAUACCACUUUUGAUGGAGGACCUUGCUCAAGCCUACAAUGGCCAAGUUCUUGCACCGUCUCCGCCUUUCCAAAGCUUCGUUUCAUAUGUGCAGGAAAGCGAUGAACUUACCACAAAUGCCUUUUGGGAAGACAUGUUCCAAGGCUUGGAAGCACCAUCAUGGCCGGUAGUGGCAUCGACGACACAUCAGCUGCGUGCGGACACGAAUUUUGCACAUACUAUUACUGGUGUAGAUUGGCCCAGGGAAAGCAACAUCACCGCUUCAACAAUCCUACGUGCAACCUUGGCUAUCCUCAUGGGAGAAUAUAGCGCCGCUAGGGAGGUGCUCUUUGGUGCUACAGUUAUUGGUCGACAAGCUCCUGUUGAAGCAAUCGACCGUAUGACAGGGCCAACGAUUACGACUGUUCCAAUCCGCAUAAAGCUAGUUGCGGAGCAGAGCAUCGACGGACUCCUUCGCGACAUUCAGAAACAAGCCAUCGACAUUAUGCCGUUCGAGCAGAUUGGCCUCAAGCGCCUUCGACGAAUAAGCGACGAUGCUGAACAGGCUUGUCAAUUCCAAACUCUUUUGGUGGUUCAGCCUGGGCCAUCGUCUAAUGACCCGUCGCGCCAACUGUUUGAACACUCCAUACAUGCCGAGGAGGCCCUCAACAAAGACACCGUGAACACGGCCUUCAACACUCAUGCCCUUCAAGUCGUCUGCGAUCUCAUGGAUGACGGUAUAACAGCAGACUUUGUUGCCGACUCUACGAUCAUCGAUCAGACUCAACUGCGUCGAAUGGCUUUCCAGUUCGAACAUAUCCUACGACAGAUAUGCUCACUAGGGCGGGGCGCAUCUAGAGUCGCUGAUAUUGAGACUAUUAGCGCCCAUGAUCGCGCUGAGAUUGGAAGCUGGAACUCGAAGCCCUGGACACCAGUGAAGCAGUGCGUCCUGGAGCUUCUUGAAACGACGUCGCACCGGAAGCCAUCUGCAACAGCCAUUUGUGCCUGGGACGGGGGCUUCACAUAUGCCGAAUUGGAAACGCUCUCGACUAAAUUAUCUUACAAUUUGGUUACCUGCGGAGUCAAACCAGGAGUAACAGUUCCCAUACUUUUUGAAAAGUCGAAAUGGAUGUCGGUAGCCAUGAUUGCUGUAAUCAAGGCUGGUGGUACUGGUGUCACUUUGGACUCAAGUCUUCCCGAAAAUAGGUUACGAUCCAUCGUUGAGCAAGUCAAUCCCAAGCUCAUCGUUUCUUCACCAGCUUGUGAGGCACUUGCAGACCUCCUCACUGCCGAAAGGGUAGUCUUGUUGGAUGACCGUUGCCUGGCACAAUUGCCCAGCCCUCCAGAGAAUUAUCUACUCCCAGCUGUAACACCUGAUGAUCCUUUGUAUAUCGCGUUCACGUCAGGCAGUACCGGGCGGCCAAAGGGAGUCGUAGUCUCCCACAGUCAGUUCAGCAGCGCAAUUAAGUAUCAGCAGCAAGGGCUCUGCAUCACAGAAACCUCCCGGGUUUACGAAUUCGUUUCGUAUGGCUGGGAUGGCAUCUGGUUGCAUCUUCUAUUCACCCUGGCAGCUGGUGCCUGCCUGUGUGUUCCAAGUGAGGCAAAUCGUCGGGACCGAAUCGCAGAGUCGAUGCGAGCUUUGCAGGCAAACUAUGUGCAUCUUACACCCACAGUAGCGCGAAUGCUGAAUCCAUCCCAGGUGCCAAACCUGAAAUGCGUGGGACUGGUCGGAGAGGCGAUGCUCACAUCUGACAAAGAUCAGUGGACGCGAUUCGGGAUCAAAGUUCUGAAUCUCUACGGACCUACUGAAUGCACACCGCUGAGUAGCUGCGCCGAAAUCGGAAGCGAGAGUGAAGGGGCAUUGGUGAUAGGCAAGGGCUUUGGUGCGAAUCUGUGGAUUAUUCGACCACAAGACUCUUCACACGACCUUGCACCUAUCGGAGCCGUUGGUGAACUCGUGAUUGACGGGCCGAUUGUGAGUAAAGGUUACUUUUCAGACGCAGUCAGUACUUCCAAAGUCUUUGUUUCCAACCCACCGUGGCUAAAACACGACACCCGACAUGCUUCCGAAAUUUUUGUCUACAAGACUGGCGAUCUUGUUCGCUAUACCUCAGACGGAAACGUAGUAUUUGUUGGCCGGAAAGACUCGCAGGUCAAGAUCCGUGGGCAGCGAGUCGAGCUGAACGACRUCGAGAGUCACAUGCGCAGGAGCCUUACCAGGAAUGCACAAUCAACCGCAUCCCAACAAGCUAGGAUUUCUGGCUUCGCAGACGUGCUGAUCCCGGCAGAGAGCAAAACUCCAACACUUGUUGCUUUCCUUCACGUUCACUCAGCAGAAGAUCUGUCUCAGGAUGAGCUGCGCUCUGUAGCAGGCCAGGUCGUCCCUGGGCUGGUGCAACAGCUUACGAGCUCACUACCUGCGUACAUGGUUCCAAAGUUUUUCAUCCCAGUAACUCAAGUUGCUACUACGGCGACUGGAAAGAUCGACCGGAGCUCUUUGCGUAAGAUAGGUCAACUCUAUACUCUUGAGCAGCUCUCAGCACUUAAUCCUGAGCGAGGUAUCAAGCGACAACCAGUCAACAAAACAGAGGUCCUUAUUCAGCAACUAUGGUCACAAGUGCUCGACAUCAAUGCUGAAAACAUUGGAUGUGAUGACAGCUUCUUCCAAGUCGGCGGCGAUUCUGUUAGCGCUAUGAGUCUGGCUGGUAUAGCGCGAGACUACGGUCUGUCGCUCACAGUCUCUGACAUCUUCAAGAAUCCAAGGUUGGAGGAUUUGGCUGCAGCUGCAGGCGAAGUGGUGGCUGCGAAUUCCGAAAUAUUACCAUUUUCUCUGUUACCAAGUGGUAUGGAUGAGGAAAGUGUUCGGGCCCAGGCAGCGCGACUCUGCAAGAUGAAACCUGAACAUAUUGAGGACGUCUUCCCAUGUACACCGAUGCAAGAAGGCCUACUAGCAAUAACGGCAAGACGUGCCGGUGCUUUUACUGCUCGCUAUACCUUGGAGCUACAGAUCUCGGUUGACUUGGAUCAGUUCUGUCAAGCGUGGACCGAAGUGCUUCAGGCUACGCCCAUCCUGAGAACCCGCAUUAUCGACUUACCUGGCCAGGGUCUUGUCCAGGUUGUUUCCAAGAUUGCUGAGCAAUGGACCGAAAGCGACAGUCUCGACCACCUUGAAGUGACAAAUCCAAGCAUGACGAUGGGACUUGGCCUACCCUUGAAUUUGCAAAGUAUUAUCAUCGAAAGAGAAACCAAGCGCCGCUUCUUUAUUUGGACAGUGCAUCAUGCUCUUUACGAUGGCUGGUCUCGGUCUCUUGUGAUGAAUCGAUUGGAAAAAGCAUACCGAGGCGAAGCACUUGGACGGUCGCCACCGUUUCAAAUCUUUGCGAAACAUCUAGCUGAUCUCAAUACGAGACGAUGUGAAUCAUUUUGGCAGGAGCUACUGUCGAGGAUCGAAGCGCCCUCAUUCCCAUCACUUCCCAUUCCAGCAUACGAGCCACAGGCGGACAAGAGCAUUACAAACGUCAUCUCCAAUAUAGAUUGGCCCAAGGGCGACAUUACCCCAUCAACGAUAGUUCGAGCAGCAUGGUCGAUACUGACUUCUGAGUACACUGGGGUGGACGAGGCAUUGUUUGGCGUCACCGUCAUGGGUCGUCAAGCCGUCCAGGGCAUCGAGCAAAUGGUUGGCCCCACGAUUGCAACCAUUCCAGUCCGCGUGGUUCUCAACAAACAAGAGCCGCUUGAAGUCUUAUUCCGCGGAGUCCAACAGCAAGCUGUGGAGUCAAUGGAAUUCGAGCAAAUUGGUCUGCAAAACCUUCGUCGUAUCAGCAGCGAUACCGAGAGAGCCUGUCAAUUCCAGACGCUGUUGUUGAUCCAACCACGGACUCUGGCAGACGAUACAAAUAGAUCUAGAGAACUCUUCCAGCAUUCUCUAGGUGACGAGAAGGUGGCAAAUUCCGACGACGUUAACGCUGCGUUCAGCAAUUAUGCACUGCAACUUUGCUGUGACCUUGGGAAAGAUGAUCUGACCUUGAGUCUUGUGGCCGACACGAACGUUAUUAAUGAACUGCAAUUGCAACGUAUUCAACGACAAUUCGGGCACAUCAUCCGCUUACUAUGCAAAACAAAGUCCGAUGUCAAGCUAGGUGAUAUCAGUAUCACAGGUCCACACGAUCGACAAGAAAUUUGGCGGUGGAAUGCAAGUGUGCCCGAAACAGCAGCUGUGUGUGUGCACGACUUGAUCAGGAAGACUGUCAAAACCAGUGAUCCGACAAGGGUGGCUAUAAACGCUUGGAAUGGCAGUCUCACCUAUGUUGAACUCGAUCGCCUGUCAACUCGUCUCGCCCAUCGGCUAUGCAGUCUAGGCGUAGGUCGAGGUACAAUCGUUCCCCUCUGCUUUGAGAAGUCGGUCUGGACUCCAGUGGCACAGGUUGCAGUCAUGAAAGCAGGAGGCGCAUCAGUGGUAUUGGAUACAACUAUUCCUGAACAGCGACUACUAGCGAUCACUCGGCAGGUCCAACCUUUAGUGAUAGUAUCGUCGACUGUAAAUGAGCAGCUAGCUAGCCGACUUGCCGAUGCAACAGUAGUGACUGUUGAUAUGGAUCAAUUAUCUCAGCUUCCAGAUUCGGGUUGCGCACUACCUGUCGUUCAACCUUCUGAUCUGCUGUACGUCGUAUUCACUUCCGGCAGCACGGGUCUUCCCAAAGGAGCGCUUGUCACACAUCAAAACUUCAGCAGCGCGAUCCAACAUCAACAGCAUCGUCUCGGGAUCGUUCCCACUUCCCUGGUUUACGACUUUGUUUCGUAUGCAUUCGAUGUUGCAUGGUCCAACCUGAUCMACACGCUUACAGCUGGAGCGUGCUUGUGCAUCCCUAGUGAAUCUGAUCGACGAGGAAAUAUCGCCCAAUCGAUACAAGAUCUCCGAGCCAAUUAUGCUCACUUGACACCAACCGUGGCUCGGACUAUUGACCCUGCAGCUGUUCCUGGACUUCAAACAAUGAGUCUGAUUGGCGAACCUGUCUCGCAAGCUGAUAUAGAACGAUGGGCUGACCGUCGGGUCAUGCUGAAUACUUAUGGCCCCGCUGAAUGCACACCUGUGAGCACAAUCCAAGAUCUUAAAAUAACGGAUAUGGGUGAGCCUCGGAUCGGCAAAGGUAUCGGUGCCAACACAUGGAUCGUCCGUGCAGAUGGCAGCCCAGAUCUGUGCGCAAUCGGUGCUGUUGGCGAGCUCGUGAUAGAAGGACCAAUCGUCGGUUCUGGCUACCUUUCAGAUCCCGCGAAAACCGCCAGUUCGUUCAUCGAAAACCCUCCGUGGCUGCUUCAGCGCGAGGACGGACAUGAAGGUCGCACCGGACGGGUAUACAAGACCGGAGACCUGGUCUGUUACGAUUGGGAUGGCAGUCUGAGAUUCAUCGGCCGCCGAGAUACUCAAGUCAAGAUUCGCGGUCAGCGAGUCGAACUCGGAGACAUCGAGAACCAUCUCCAGAAGCACCUCUCCGUAUACGGCGACGUGGAAGUCGUGGUCGACGUUCUGUGUCCAAGCGGAAGCAAGAAUCCUAUUCUUGUUGCCUUCAUCUGUCCUUCAGGCGCAGCUACGAUCUCUGAAUUGGAUCUCAUUGCCACCGUGCAGCGUAUGACAACAGCAAUUGAGCCGAGGCUUCGAGAAGAUCUUCCAUUGUAUAUGAUACCGAACGCUUACGUUCCAAUGCCUGUUAUGCCGGCCACGGUCACAGGCAAGCGUAACCGGACAGAGCUGCGGAGAUACGGUCAAACUAUGACACUUGAGCAAUUAAUCGCGCUGGGUGCAGGGCAACAGAAGCGGCAGAAGCCUUCCACUCAGCUAGAACGACAACUGCAAAACAUUUGGGCCUCUAUCCUACACAUUGCUCCAGACUCAAUUGGAUCAGAGGACAGUUUCUUCCAGCUCGGAGGAGACUCCAUCAUCGCAAUGCGUCUGGUUCGAGAAGCAAGCAUUAGAGACCUACCCUUUACAGUCCAGGAUGUCUUCACGCACCCGCGACUCUGUGACUUGGCAACACUCGUGGAAAAGUCUGUCUCGGAUAGCGCAAUCGUCGGGCGCAAUGAAGAUGCAGCACUUGAUCUUCGCGGUACGCAAGCUGUCGCUCAUAGUAACCAGGCGAAGACGAUGCUCGGAAGGCCGGUCACUUCAUUCCAGACAAGGUGUAUCGAAGCCGCAUUACGGGAAGACAAACAAUGGUGGAAUUACUGUUCGUUGGACUUUCCUCCUCAUAUACCGACAUCGCAAAUCCUCAACGUGUGCAAAGCCUUGUGGGAUCAAUUUGACAUCCUCCGCACUGUCUUCAUCUGGGAUCAAGGUCGAUAUUUGCAGAAGGUGCCGCCAGAGCAACAGCUCAGCUACAGCAUCGAGGAGCACGAUGGCGAUAUCAACCACUUGACCAGACGCGUGUGCUUGGAAGACUUCAAAGAGCCUGCGAGACUUGGCGCCUGCUUCACAAAGUUUUUCAUCAUCGCCACUUCAGCAGGCGAGAGAAAAUUGGUCUUGCGGCUUUCGCACGCUCAGUACGACGGCAUGAGUCUCCAAUAUCUCCUACGGUGCCUUUCUUCUGCCUUUCAUGGAGAAGUGCUACCCGACUCGCCGCGAUUCACCGACUUCAUCGACCGAAACAUGAUGGACACGGCAAGCUCAGAUCAUUUCUGGCAGUCGCUCUUACAAGAUGUGCCGAUGACACCGAUUCCUGCACCUCAAGGACCGUUAACCUUUGCACAGGUCGAAGCUAUUCCCAAGGCAUCUUGCACCAGGGAGGUAGGCUUCUCUGUGACGCACAGCGAUAUGACACCCGCCACAGUGUUCACAGCCGCAUGUGCGUGCGUGAUUGCGGAAGUGACUGCGACGUCGGACGUCGUUUUCGGCCGGCUCAUCACCGGUCGCUCUGUGUUCGAACAUGCUUUGCAGGAAGUUGUAGGGCCGUGUGUCAAUUUCGUGCCUGUGAGAGUCACCUUCGAUCAGGGUGAUAUAUCUUUCAAGCUUGCGCAACAGGUGGUGCAAGAACAGUAUGCGAGAGGUCUGCCAUAUCAGACGACAGGACUCGGCAAUGCCGAAGUGGACCCGCGCAUGACGCGGUUUGGCUUCACUGUUCACUAUCUGGCCGUCGAUGAUCGGCCUACUAUAAGUCUGAACGGAAGCCAAUGCCGGCUCAACUUCUGUGAGCUUCCGGCAGGCUAUGAUACGGGAGAGGUAGAGAUCAUGGCCAGGCCGUCGGGCGAGUCACUCCACAUCACCGUGACGGGAGGAACACACCGGGCUGACAUGCUGAGCAACAUACUGGACAGGCUUUGUACGCUGUUGCAUCGAUUUUCCAAGGGGCGGCCGAGGGUACAAGGUAGAUGA